AUGAAGUCGAUGGUAGCGCAAAGUGUAUUGAUUGAAGAAAGUGACGACGAAGUAUUAGACAUGCUAUUGGAUGAAGCAAUACCAACAGAAACAGGCUUCCCAGACAGAGUAAUGUCAGUCACUGAUACAAUUGCUCAACAGGCCGUUUAUCCAGAGACUCAUCCCGUACCACCACCGAACAAUAAUGAGAAUGAUGGGGAAGCAGUGAUACAUGGCAACAGUAGAUGUGAUCCUGGUAACGAAAUAAGCCUUUUUUUUCCUUUUCCUGACGAAAAAUUUGUUUGCUGUACUGCUAUGCACAUGGGAUAAUGAGACCCAAGGUAAGGGAUAGAUUGAAUUGCUUGUUUUAAUAUUGACUUCUUUUUUCGCGUUUUCUAAAUCACGCACAAGAUUGCACCAAAAACAAAUGUCACACGUUAAUAUGAGGUAUGAGUCUCUUUGGCUUUAUGGUAAAGCGGUUCGUGUACAAGAGUGUGGCAUAUAUUAAUCGGUUUCAUGAAACGUUCAAAUUAUUUUGUGACACAUAAACUAUUUGAAUUGUCACAAAUUUAGCAGCCAGCUUAUUGGGAGCUAUAAUUAACACCGAAUAUAACUAUUAUUAUAUAAAUGGCAAAAAUUACUGCAAUUUAAUUGGUCAAGAUUGAAAUUAUUUGUUAAUUGCCACUCUCCAGAAAAAAGGAACAUGGUGGCUCAACUGUAAAUACAAAGUAUAAUAUGUACAAUCACAACAAAAGAAAACCUUUGACUGGGUCAUUUAAGUAGUAUUAAUCGUAUUCGCCUUACAGGGGGCUUAAGUAUUUUUUAUACAGAUACACGUCAUACUGCAUAAAACAAUUUCAAAGCAUUUAUAUGAUGUUUGAUUUUUCUAUUUUCAGUCGAGAGUCGAUUUGGAAUUCCUGUGGAUGUUACUGGAGCGUCUAGGAGUUUCAACACCAUCUCUCGAUUCCAUUUUAUCAUUUCAAAUAGAUGGAUUAGAAAUGCUACCAGUAAAAAAGGUAUUUAUAGCUAGUGAACAGUGGGAAGUCUAUGCCGUAGACACAGAGGAUGUCUUAUUAUGUCGUAUGUAAAUGUCGGGGUUACAUUACAAUUGUCAUUUCAAAUAGAUGGAUUAGAAAUGCUACCAGUAAAAAAGGUAUUUAUAGCUAGUGAACAGUGGGAAGUCUAUGCCGUAGACACAGAGGAUGUCUUAUUAUGUCGUAUGUAAAUGUCGGGGUUACAUUACAACUACUGUAGUAAUAUCUAGGGCUUCCACAAUUGAAGGAAAUUUCCUUCAAAAAGACCUGUGGGGGAGAGGUCAAUAUUAUAAUUGCAUAUAUUACAAUUUUUUUCAAAAGUCCUUUGUCUCACUUUUGGCAAAUUCCCUCCCCCAAUAUGAGGGCAGCCCUAUGCAAAUAAGUUUUGUUAGCCCUGGUAAUGGCCGCUAACAAUAAAACAAUGCCAUGAAAUGACACAUUAUGCAAUCAGAUUUUAUGUUAUUUAAUCAGGCAUAUGGCGAUCAGCAUCCAUUCUACUGGAUUCCACCCUCCAAGCAUAUAAAAAUGCAAUUGGCCACUCCACAUGUUGCUGAACAACUCAACCGAUACCCCAAACUGACAGAAAACAAAAUCCAAGGGAUGUGUAAAGUAAGUUAAUAUUAUUUUGAUGCCUGCUGCCCUGAAUCCUCAAUGCAACCUAUACUAUCUUUACUAUACCGUAGGGCAGAAAAUGGCGUGUUUGCAACCAGUUUCAGACAUCUUCUGCAACUGUCAAUGGCCAAACUGUGUUUGUGGGAGACGUUGUUGGGUUUUAUGGAAGAGACAACAGCAAGGCUUAUGGACAAAUUAUGGAUAUGAAUUUAACAUUCUAUGUUAUCAAUCUUUCAGGAGGUGAAUAACUUGAGUUCAUGUGUGAGAUUCUAAAAGUUUAUGUUCAUUGCCACAUGUUCACAGAUUAUUUGGUUAUUUUGGAAGACCUCGAUGUGCUUAAAAUCAAUGAAAUUGAUGAGAUAUGUGAAAUUUCCCUGGCGUACAAGGAUGUCAAUGGUGUUAUUUACAGCCUUACUCCAGAGGUAUGUACGAUGCUAGGUACGUUUAGAUGGUAUUCAUUAAGGUAGUCUGAGUUCUGAAUCUCUUUUAAUUUAGGAAAUAAUUUUCCACUCCACUGCACAUCCGAUGAAAAUAGCAGUAAAUGGAAGGCAGACAUUGACUCUUCCACUGGUCAUCUUCCUCAACGAAACCAGUGGGAACAGGUCAAAGAAAUGGGACAAACUGGAAACAUAUUCCUUUUUUCUUGCAAGUCUGCCUAGAGAAGAAGUUACCAAAUUUAGUAACAUAAACUUUGUUUUGUGUUUCAAAUUUGUUAGACUCUGAAACUCUGGGCAAAGUUAUUGCAGAAGAUCUGUUAGGUAGAUCUGUUAGAUCUGAAGAUAGUUUUAGUCUAUAGUAUACAUAGAAACGUUUUGACCUAAUUAAUAGGUUUAAAUUCUUAAAAUGCUGUGAUAUACAGCCAAACUAAGUUUGAUACAUGUUCUCCCUUUAGAACUUGAGACUGGAAUGGUAAUGUACGACUCAUUUACUCAAGCAGAGAUUUUUGUCCAGUGCCCAAUCCUCUGUGUCUUGUGUGACAAUCCAAAGGCAUCAGAAAUUUGCCAUCAUCUUGGCAGUACAGCACAGCAUUUCUGUAGGAAUUGUGAUGUAAGUUUUGACUCUGCAUUUUGCUAUUUUUAGGAUGUUUUGAAUUCAAUUAAAUAGCACCUGUUGCAAUCACCAUCUAUAUGCUCCAGGAAUCUAAGUUGGCAGUUAACUCUUAUACUAAUUAUAUUUUAAUUGUACAGGCAACAUCUGGAAAUGCCUUUCAACUGGGUCAACCAAGGACAGACAUAGCUGUAAAAAGCACUGGGGCACGGAUAAAUAAUUGCAG